GAUCCGUUCGCUCUCCCUCUCUCUCCUUCGACUUUUCUCUCUCUACAACUCUCUCUUCCAUUUGCAAAACUCUCGCUGUGGGGCUGCGAUCGAGCCAAACAGGGAAGAUGAUAGGGUGGUUCAGGGUGGCGCUGCUGCUUGUGCUAAGCUGCGCGACGAAGGUUCUAUCAGAUGCAUCGGAUCACAAGUACAAAGCUGGAGAUGCGGUCCCUCUAUACGCCAACAAGGUCGGUCCUUUCCACAACCCUAGUGAAACAUACCGAUAUUUUGAUCUUCCAUUCUGUUCACCAGUUGAAGUGAAGGAUAUAAGGGAAGCUCUUGGUGAAGUGUUGAAUGGGGACCGUCUGGUAACUGCUCCCUAUAAGCUUGACUUUUUGGUUGAGAAAGACUCUGAAAUUGUUUGCCAGAAGGAGCUAAAAAAGGAAGAAGUUGCUCAGUUCCGAGAUGCUGUUGCAAAAGACUACUACUUCCAAAUGUAUUAUGAUGACUUGCCCAUCUGGGGUUUCUUAGGGAAGGUUGACAAAGAAGGCAAAGCUGAUCCCAGUGACUACAAAUAUUAUCUAUUUAAGCAUCUUCACUUUGAGGUCCUUUACAACAAAGAUUGUGUCAUCGAGAUCAAUGCACGGACUGAUCCUAAUGCUCUCGUGGAUCUAACUGAGGAUAAGAAAGUAAAUGUGGAGUUCAUGUAUACUGUGAAGUGGAAGGAAACAAACACUCCUUUUGAGAAGAGAAUGGAGAAGUACUCACAGUCGUCUUCGCUACCGCAUCACUUGGAGAUUCAUUGGUUCUCAAUUAUCAAUUCAUGUGUGACUGUUCUCCUCUUAACUGGUUUUCUUGCAACAAUUCUCAUGCGUGUCCUGAAAAAUGAUUUUGUGAAGUAUGGCCAUGAUGAGGAGGCAGCUGACGAUCAAGAAGAAACUGGGUGGAAGUAUAUUCAUGGUGAUGUUUUCAGGUUUCCAAAGUACAAAUCUCUGUUAGCUGCAGCGAUUGGUUCUGGAAUGCAACUAUUUACCCUAACUAUUUUUAUCUUUGUACUUGCUCUUGUUGGCGUUUUUUAUCCAUACAACCGGGGAGCUCUGUUUACUGCAUUGGUUGUUGUAUAUGCACUUACAUCUGGGAUUGCUGGCUAUACUGCAACCUCUUUCUAUUGCCAGCUAGAAGGCUCAAACUGGGUCAGAAAUUUGUUGUUGACUGGAUGCCUCUUCUGUGGACCCUUGUUUCUCACCUUCUGCUUUCUUAACACUGUUGCAAUUGCCUACAAUGCCACUGCUGCACUCCCAUUUGGUACAAUUGUGGUGAUCUUUCUUAUAUGGACUUUAGUGACAUCACCUUUGCUGGUAUUGGGCGGGAUUGCAGGGAAGAAUAGCAAGUCAGAGUUUCAAGCCCCUUGUCGCACCACGAAAUAUCCUAGAGAGAUCCCACAGUUGCCUUGGUAUCGGGGAACAUUUCCUCAGAUGGCCAUGGCUGGGUUCCUGCCUUUCAGUGCAAUCUAUAUUGAACUUUAUUACAUAUUUGCAAGUGUUUGGGGCCACAGGAUUUACACCAUUUACAGCAUCCUAUUUAUAGUGUUCAUUAUUCUUCUGAUAGUUACUGCUUUUAUUACUGUGGCAUUGACAUAUUUCCAACUUGCUGCUGAAGAUCAUGAAUGGUGGUGGAGGUCUUUCCUUUGUGGUGGAUCAACCGGCUUGUUCAUCUAUGGCUAUUGCUUAUACUACUACUACGCACGAUCAGAUAUGUCAGGCUUCAUGCAAACCUCAUUUUUCUUUGGCUACAUGGCUUGCAUCUGCUAUGGCUUCUUUCUCAUGCUUGGGAAUGUUGGUUUCCGUGCUGCUUUGUUCUUUGUUCGUCACAUAUACCACUCAAUCAAGUGUGAGUAGCUUGUCGGAUGGUCAGGUCAACUUGGUUCGAAAGCCUCAGGGUUGAUUGGACCCGGGGUUUCAGUUGCACAUUGAUCCGCAGAGGACUGCAUCAUCUGUGAUGAAGGUGGACCUGUAUAGGGGGCUGUACUUUUGUACAAGGAAGCUUGUAUUAAUUUACCAUGACAACGACAGGCAAUUGAAAAAUUUUCCAUUUAGUAAUAACAGCUAAACGUUUGAUAUUUAGUGUAGCAGUUUAGGUUAUUUUUGUUUGUGCUACCUAAAUGAAGUGACUCAAAUUCAGGUUUAUGCACAUUGCAGUCUUUUGUUUU